UUAAUGUUUUUUCUCAAUACAGAAUUAGAGUGUUACUGCCAUCUAUGUACAAAAGACAACUUUACGUGUGUGACAGAUGGAGUAUGUUUUGCCUCAGUAACACGAACUGCAGACAAAAUAAUACACAAUAGUAUGUGUAUAGCAGAAGUUGAUCUGAUUCCCCGAGACAGACCAUUCGUUUGUUCCUCCUCCACCAGAGAUGGAGUCUUUACUGUGCCUCAUUGCUGUAACACGCCUCUCUGCAAUAAAAUAGAACUUCCAAUUCCAACACCAGGCCCUACUGCAGAAAAACCAGCUUCUAAUCUAGGACCUGUGGAACUGGCUGCUGUCAUUGCUGGACCUGUCUGCUUUGUCUGCAUUUCACUAAUGUUGAUUCUGUAUAUUUGUCAUAAUCGUACUGUAAUUCAUCAUCGUGUGCCAAGUGAAGAAGACCCUUCAUUGGAUCGUCCCUUUAUAUCAGAAGGAACUACCUUAAAGGAUUUAAUUUACGAUAUGACAACUUCAGGCUCUGGUUCAGGUUUACCUUUACUUGUGCAAAGAACAAUUGCAAGAACUAUAGUACUUCAAGAAAGCAUUGGUAAGGGUCGCUUUGGAGAAGUCUGGCGAGGGAAGUGGAGAGGAGAAGAAGUGGCUGUGAAGAUCUUCUCUUCAAGAGAGGAACGUUCAUGGUUUCGAGAAGCAGAAAUUUAUCAAACAGUUAUGCUACGCCAUGAAAACAUACUUGGAUUUAUAGCUGCAGACAACAAAGACAAUGGUACAUGGACUCAGCUGUGGUUGGUGUCAGACUAUCACGAGCAUGGAUCACUCUUCGAUUACCUGAACAGGUAUACAGUAACAGUGGAAGGAAUGAUAAAAUUAGCUUUGUCCACUGCCAGUGGCCUUGCUCAUCUGCACAUGGAAAUUGUUGGCACACAAGGCAAACCAGCAAUUGCCCACAGAGAUUUGAAAUCAAAAAAUAUAUUGGUGAAAAAGAAUGGAACAUGCUGCAUUGCAGACCUGGGAUUGGCAGUUAGGCAUGAUUCAGCUACAGACACAAUUGAUAUUGCCCCAAACCACAGAGUGGGAACAAAAAGGUACAUGGCUCCUGAAGUUCUAGAUGAUUCCAUAAAUAUGAAACAUUUUGAGUCAUUCAAACGAGCAGACAUCUAUGCAAUGGGAUUAGUCUUUUGGGAAAUUGCUCGGCGAUGUUCAAUUGGUGGAAUCCACGAAGAUUACCAAUUGCCAUACUAUGACCUCGUUCCUUCAGAUCCUUCUGUUGAAGAAAUGAGGAAAGUUGUGUGUGAGCAGAAGUUAAGGCCCAAUAUUCCAAACAGAUGGCAGAGUUGUGAGGCAUUGCGAGUAAUGGCAAAAAUUAUGCGAGAAUGCUGGUAUGCCAACGGAGCUGCCAGGCUGACAGCUUUGCGCAUUAAGAAAACAUUAUCGCAACUUAGUCAACAGGAGGGGAUAAAGAUGUAAUCCUGGAUUUGCUACCGAAGAACACUGUAAAAAUCCCUAUCUGCACCAGAGUGGCGUGUUAAGAUGGUUAAUUGUUCUACCUCACUGGGGGAACAGAAGGAUAUUGCUGCCUUUUAGUACUUCAUAGGAACGUCACGUAUUAGGAUUUUUGUGGAUGUGCUAAACAGUUGUGUUGGGUCCUUUCUGUGCACUAUGAACCUCUUUCCCGGGUUACUUACAAAACAUCAUGUAUUCUAGUUUUAUUAACUUGUAAUUUUUUAUUUGGAAAGUUGAUAGCUGGUUUUUACUAGUUAACUGUGCUAAAAGUAGGAGGUCACUUCUAAAAUGGAACUGGCUCACUAUAUUGUUCUAAAGUGCAUCAAUGGCUCUUCAGGCAACUUUAUUCCUGGCUGGUACAUUGACUAUUCUGAACCACUGUCUCAAUUCCUUGAUUCAGAUUGUGAAUGUACUAUUGGAGUACUUUGCUUGCUAUUAAGGUAGUGUAUCUUUUGGACUCUGACCUUGACUUACAAAUUGACCUCAUUCAGUUGUGGGAACAUAACUUAUGCAACUAUACUUUAUACAUGAUUACUGGGUUUUUUCCACUUUUUCAGAACAUUACAUUGCCUUCAAAAUAGAUUGUAUCACACCAGUAAGUGCCACUUUUGAGUCUUUUAAUGCAAAACAGUAGGAACAUAUGAAGCCUUUGGUACUUUUGGUUUCAAAAAUACAAGUUAAAAAUUAACUGUUCCUUUGCCUAGCUAAGAUCUAAUUCUCACUUGUUCCAGCAACAUAAUUCAUGGAAUAUUUUUGAUUUUACCAAAAUCGAACUCUUGAUACCACUGUAGGAGUUUUAAAUAGUGUAAGCUAGUAAAUUCAGUCAUAUUUUGUAAUUGUCAAGUUAUGAGUCAUAAUUAUGUAGAUGAUUUUUUUUAAUGAAGUGGUACUUCUAAAAUGCUUAAAGUACCUCUUUACUUCAGAAAAGUAGCAACAAGAGUAAAAUGUUCUUAAGGGAGACUUUGUUUCAUUAAAUCAAACAUGAAAAGCAUAUUUUCUGUACAGUUCUGCUGAGUCUUAAGGCUCAAAGAACAAUAUUUGCAAUUAAAUGAGGAUUAAGUGCACCUGUAAUUAGAAAAAAGUUAUUUGGGCUUUUGUACUAGAAAGUUCAAAGCUGCUUAAAGAUUUUAUGUGCAUAUAUGUUGUGUGCCUCAUACACAAAGUGAUGAGCUACAGAAAGUGGUGAGCUGCAGGUCUUUGGAUACAAAUACCAGAGGAUUCCAGCAAUCCUCUUCAUAGUUAGAAGAACAAAGCUUAUGGUGACUUGUGUUGUCAUAAGAACACAAAAGAAUAUGCAUGGCUUUAGUCAAGAUUUCCGUGAGAUUUUAAGGGUAUCAUAAAAUCUUCACAAACCUGUAUAGAAAUUGAAUUGCUUCCUGCCCAAAUGUACAACUUCUGGAGAGGAUGGGAAGAAUUAAAUGGAAAAUUGUCCUUAAAAAACUGCUGUUACCAGGAUAUUUUAAUUGCAGUUUUAGGAAGAGUCUGGUUGACCUUUGGUUUCAUCAAUGCCCAAAACAGUUCAUAGUAUUUCAGUGUGUAAAUAUGCCUGGCAAUUAAUAUGCCCCCUCACCUCCUACUCUCAGAACACGUCUGUACCCAUCCCGUUACACAACACACAUGGCAAUGUUAUCUUUGCUUCCCUUUCAUCCCUCAGCCCACUGAGAGUUGAUCACAAAGCUGGUAGCAGUGAUUGCUGACAGCAGCAUAGUCUGUUAUGUGGUAGCUAAAGCAGGAAGAUGAGUGGGGCCUAGUAAGAAGAGGCUACAUAGGUGACUUAAGCCUUAGCCAAGAUAAGCCUUUGCACUUCACUAACUUCUGUGUUGUUGCCUGCUUGGAGGUCAGUUUGGUUGAUUUGGGAAUUACAGACCCUCAGAGGUUGAACUGCAAAUAAUGAAAUGCUUUAUUUGGCCACCUUUAUGGAUGAGUCUACUCAUACUGGAAGACAGCAUUCAGGAGAAAAGGAAAAACUAAGGGGAGUUCUUGGAAAACAGUUAGGCUUAAACAUAUGUACAGCUGUCACAGUUGUGUUUGUUUGGCACUAUCUAACAAGUCAGGUUUAUGUGCUUCAGGCCUCCAUCAAUCAAAGCUGAAUUAAAAGUUACUUCAUGUAGGUAUUUAAAUACGCUAUGCCUGUGUGCACAUGGACAGCUGUGCACUACAGCAUUUUUCAGUUAUGAGUGUUCAGAAAAAAUCACAGAAUAUGUUGAGUUGGAAGGGACCCACAAGGAUCAUUGAGUCCAACACCUGGCCCUGCACAGGACCAUCCCUAAGAGUCACACCAUGUGCCUGAGAGUAUUGUCCAAAUGCUUUUUGAACUCUGUCAGGCUUGGUGCUGUGACCACUUCCCUGGGGGAGCCUGUUGUGGUGCCCAACCACCUUCUAGGUGAAGAACAUUUUUCUAAAAUCUAACCAAUGCUUGAAUAUAACUUUAACUCCAAAGCCUAUCUACCUGGCAUGCCUCUCUAGCAAGUUCUAUAUAUUUAGGCACGUAUUUAAAGAAAACAGAUCAGUGUCAAAAUGUGCCUUAUUGUAUCUCCAUGAUAAUGUCAUAGGCUUCCUAUUUAGCUUUGUUAGCUUUUUUUGUAACUUUGUUACAUUUCAAGUUUUCAUAGAUGUAGUUGGGUCCUUACCAUUGAUACAAAUGAUGUAGAUCAUACUUUAGAAACAUCAGGCUUCCGUCCUGGCUCAGAUCUCUAUAGUUGUCUUGAUGGUAACAUGAGGUGGUAAUAUAAUUCAUCAAAUAAUUUUUAGUGGCUUUUUUAGCACCUACAAAACUUUAUCAGCAUAAUGUUUAAUUUCCUAAAGUAUAAGGAACAGUUCUGUGUCAUUUUAAAGGGGAUCUACAGCAGCUGAACAGCAUCAUGGCAUGUGGAUUAUUCUGUCAACUGUAGAGGUUUGUUACGUUGUCUCGACCACCUGCAAAUCUUCAUUCUCCCGAAUUGCUACCAACUAUUUUUACUUUGUUCUAAUAUUUUGCUUUGUAAUAGAACCUUGCAAAAACAAAGCACAGAAGGAUGCUUGACACAGUGUAUGACAUUAGGAACAGUAUUUUGGAACAACCUUAUUAUUCAUAUUGGGCUGCAGAACAGGAAAAUUCUGAGUAGAGCUAUAUGUAUCCUCAGUUCUGACACCACAACUUCAAGCUUUGUUCUUCUUUUCCAUUAUAUCAACUGAACACCUUUUACAAAGGCUGUGUCUGUAUAUAUUAUGUAACUUUAAAUGUUACCUGUGUAAGAUCAUAUCUUAUAUAUAUGGACACAGGUACACAUAAGUAUUUUUUAAAUUAAGAUUGUAAUAUCACCAGAUCUGCUCUUGGAAAUCCAGGGGGACCAAAAUAUUUUAGCAUUCAAAAUAUUAAUUUUGUAUCAUUUCAAGUAUAUACCAAAACAGUUUCUGAUUAAUACUGAUGCAAAUGUUUAUUGUAAAUAUUACAUACAUUAUACAUCACUUAAGUUUUGUGGAUUUAAUCAAUUUUACAUGUUAGUAGCAUUGAAGCCUCAGUUUGGUUUACAGACUUGUGACCAGGGGGAUGUGGACAUGGAGAACAAGGAGCAUUUGAAAUGGUCUGAUGCUGAAGAGCCUGAAAUGUCAUUUUUGGAAUGCUGGAAUUCUUCAGGGACGUUACAACCUUAAAAGCUGGAAUUCUGGGAAGUUUCUCAAGCGGACUUUCCAAGUAUGACACACUGUCACCCUCCAAUGGUUCCACUUGUAAUCCUAAGAAAGACUUUGUAUAUAGGUAAAGACAUUGGGAUUGACUGACUGUAUGGGGACAUGAAGGUGUCAAAUGAAGUAAGAGGCUAUUUUAUUUUUUCAGUAAUGGCUCUGAGUGUGAUUGCCAUGAAAUUCACCUUUUAGUUAGUUCCUCGUUUACGUUGUGCCAUUGAAAUGAUUGCAAGGUGUUAAUCAUUGUGUUUAAAAACAAACAAACCCUUCACCAUAUCAGUUGCUUUAAAGUCAAAUUACCUCUUAAAAGACCAAGGUACAUUUACCUCAUGUGUAUAUAAUGUUUAAUAUUUUUCAGAACGUUCUCCAGGUUUGCAGUUACAUGUUUCUAGAAAUAUGGGUAUUUCUAAAUUUACAACUUCAGCGGUACUAAGUAUAUUAUCUGGUGCCCCAAAACACUUUAAUUUUCUGUAUUUUAUUGUAUUAGCAAGUUUGCUGCUUUGUCACUGUAGCACCUGCCCUUACAUAGCUGUGUGGAUACUGCCUUGUAAAUUUUACUUUUUUGGAUGAUUUGAGGAUCCUGUACAGAUGCGUGUCACUUUUCUAAACCUUACCAAAUUGUGCAUUUCCCUUACAUUUCUGAAAAUAUGUAUUGUAUUUGUAGAGUAUACAUUUCAAUGGAUUGUAAAUAGGGUAGUAGAAGAGUGGAUGCUUAUCUUAAGUGCUAACACUACAGUAGAAAGAUUAAAGCAGUGAAAAUAAAUAACUUUUUUUCAAAA